UCUUUGUCAUCAUGAACACAAGCAUUGGCUUGAUCUGAGAAAUUACCCUUUUUGUUUCCCAUCUUAAAUCCCCAAAGUCAAGUUCUCACAUCACAUCAGACAGAAAGAUAAAGGUUGCAAAUCGAAAUAUGGAAUCGAGAGGGAUUCUUAGUCCGAGGAGAUCCAACCCCAAUAGGACGCCACCUGCCCAUCUUCCUGGCAGCACAUCUGCCCCUGAAUUAACCAUUCAGUCAGCAAUUCCCAGUACCACAUCCAAUCGGCGCACAACUAAGAAAGGCAAAGCAGUUGGGUGUGGCUCUCGUAAGGAUGGUUCGGGUUUGAGUCAUAAAAAGUUUUCUGAUUAUUCUCCAAAUCAUUCUCCCAGCCCUGCCAGAACUCGUGAUCUUCAACAACUUUCUAUUCACGACGAUACAAAUGAACAAAAUAAUCCUGAAAGCAAUACUCCGAUAUUAUCUAAAAUUUACAAAGAGAUUGCAUUUCAUCGUCAAGGAAAGACAUCCAUUAAAACUUACUACGAAAAUCUCAAGCAAUUAUGGAAUGAAGCAGCUUCUUCAACCUGUACUAAUUCGCCUCAAUCUUCCUCCAAUAUUGCAAUUGUUGAUCACAUUGAGCUCAUGGAAAGAGAUAAACUAAUGCUAUUUCUUCUGGGACUAAAGGAUUCGUAUUCCUCACUUUGCUCCCAAUUCCUUCUUAAGCCAUCUCAAACGGUGGACGAAGCUUAUUCUACAAUAAUUAGAGAAAAAAAAGGAAGGAAAUGCAGCACUUCCAAAAAAGAGGCAAAGUACUAGUGAAAAAACAUUUGGUUUCAUUUUUUCAGAAGCAACCUUUCUUCAACAGUUGUGAUACUUAUGCAUUUUUUUUAAUAGUUUACAUCCUUAUAUGUUUCAUCGUUUCUCCUUUAACAUUUGAGUCCAAAAGCGAUGCCUUUAAAUAAACAAAGAGUACACCCUUUGCGCUCAA